AUGCAACCAAAUUUCGCCAUCGCCAUCGCCAUCGCCAUCGCCAUCGCCAUCGCCAUCGCCAUCGCCGUUGCCGUUGCCGUUGCCGUCGCCGUUGCCGUUGCCGUUGCCGUUGCUAUUUCGAAGACAUCAAGGAGGAGGAGGAGGCAGAGGACGAAGAGGAGAAAAAGGACGAAGAGGAAGAAGGACGAGGACGAGGAGGAGAAGGAGGAGGAGGAGGCAGAGGACGAAGAGGAGAAAAAGGACGAAGAGGAAGAAGGACGAGGACGAGGAGGAGAAGGAGGAGGAGGAGGCAGAGGACGAAGAGGAGAAAAAGGACGAAGAGGAAGAAGGACGAGGACGAGGAGGAGAAGGAGGAGGAGGAGGCAGAGGACGAAGAGGAGAAAAAGGACGAAGAGGAAGAAGGACGAGGACGAGGAGGAGAAGGAGGAGGAGGAGGCAGAGGACGAAGAGGAGAAAAAGGACGAAGAGGAAGAAGAGGAGGAAGAGGAGGAGGAUAGGAGAAAGGCGAUGAAAAAGAAGGAUACUUAA